AUGUCUCUCUGCAUGAACCGCCUCUCGGAGGAGAGGAAGCAAUGGAGACGCGAUCACCCGUUCGGCUUCUUCGCCAAACCCAUGCGCGGCGCAAACGGCAUGAUGGACCUAAAGAAGUGGGAUUGCGGAGUACCAGGCAAGGAAAAGACCAUGUGGGAAAACGGCUUGUUCAAGCUAGAAGUCAUAUUUCCGGAUGAGUAUCCCACGAAGCCUCCGAAGUGCAAAUUCGUACCCCCGCUUUUCCACCCGAACGUCUACCCCAGCGGCACCGUCUGCCUAUCCAUCCUCAACGAAGAAGAAGGCUGGAAGCCCGCUAUAACCAUCAAGGAGAUCCUGCUCGGGAUCCAAUCACUUUUGGACGAGCCGAACCCUGAGUCCCCAGCCCAAGCGGACGCCUUCAACCUCUUCAAGAAGGAUCGGGCGGCGUACGAGAAGAAGGUGCGCAACGUUGUCAGGGAGAAUCCCGCGCCGUAG